AUGGAAGAGCCUGUGAAAGCGUCUAGUUCGCUGGAGCUGGAGAAUGUCGAAUCCGGAGUCCUCCGCGCUUCUCACAGGGAAUUCCUUCUAGACCGACAUGGCACGCUGGACCUCGUUCCUCUGCCAUCCGAGUUCCCUGAGGACCCCUUGAAUUGGCCUUCGUGGCAGAAAAAUACCAACCUCUUCCUGGUUUCGUUUCACGCCAUGAUGUGUCUUAUCAUGGGUGCCGGGAUCAUUCCAGCAUACAGCGGCAUGGCUGAAGAAAUGGGAGCUUCUCUUCAGGCAGCCACUUAUUUUACGAGCAUGCAGAUUGCCAUGCUAGGAGUUGCCCCUUUGGUGUGGAAACCGAUUUCAACCAGAAUUGGCAUGCGUCCUAUGUGGUUGAUCGGUACGUUUUGCGCGGCCGUCUGCAACGUGGGAUGUGCUCGCAGUAAGAGCUAUGGUGCCAUGUCAAUCUCGCGUUUGUUGGUGGCUUUCUUCAUUGCACCCGCCAUGGCUCUAGGGACCAAGGUUGUGACGCAGAUGUUUUUCAGCCACCAACGAGGCCAGAAAAUGGGCAUCUGGACAUUGAUGGUCACUCUCGGCCCAUCGCUUGGUCCAUUCUUGAUGGGCUUUGUAACUUUUCAUAUUGGAUGGCGCUGGAUUUACUGGAUCUUUGCGAUUAUCAACCUCGCUCAGUUCAUCCUUUACUUUUUCCUCAGCCCGGAAACAAACUUUGAAGCUACCCUCGUCUCAUCGCGCCAGAGGUUUUCGUUUCAAGCUAGGUAUUUUGGCCUUCGUAGAUUCUCUCAAAAGCCACUUCGCGCUGUCGAUCUUGUCCUGCCCCUUGCCGUAGCAAGACACCAUGUUGUAUGGAUCACCACAGCUGCUUACGCAGUCGUUUUCAACUUUGCUUUUGUCCUCCUGACUGUCGAAAUCCCGCAAAUUUUCGGAGAGAAAUUUCACUUCAACACGCAGCAGAUUGGGCUGCAGUUCCUGGGCAUGAUUAUAGGCGGAAUUAUCGGUGAACAAGCCGCGGGGCCAUUGGGUGACUUUGCAAUGGCCGCUUAUACGCGACGACAUCAGGGGCAAAAUCCUCGGCCCGAGUUUCGCCUGUGGUUGGCAUACAUUGGAUAUGCGACAAUGAUUGCUGGUUUCUUGGUCUGGGGAUUCCGGACCGCCGAUCUACCUCCAAAUGUAUAUGAUGUCUCGCCCGUUGUAGGCAUUGGGAUUUCGACGUUUGGAGCCCAAAUCAUCACGACGAGCGUCUUUACCUACAUGGUAGAUUGCUAUCCUACCGAAUCUGCGGAUAUUGGCAUUUUCGCCAAUGUUGUUCGUCAGAUUUGGGGGUUUAUUGGCCCGUUUUGGUUUCCGAGCAUGUUUGAGUCGGCCGGGAUCAAGGAUUCUGCUGGUAUCAUGGUGGGCGUUUCGGUUAUUGCGAGUCUGAUACCUAUAAUUGCGGUGCAAUACUUUGGGGCUAGACUUAAGCAGUCUAGAUGA